GGAACAGGAAGAGUGUUCCUAACCAUCUUGGUAGGGGGAGCUAGAAGGCGGCGUUUGUGUAUUUCAGCGUAUUUCUUUACCAGUUUUCCAUCUAUAGCCGGCUUUAUGAGGUGUUUCUGUGCGAUGCAGUAAUUACGGGUCGUUCUUGGGUGAAUAGAGCAAAGUUGGAGCCGCUCCGUUAUUAGUCAUCUGCUUCAGCCUCCCCCUCCUGCUGUGAGCUGAACUUCCCGUUGCGGGAGACAGAGCGAGGGGGGGAAACGGGAACCAGUGCGCGCAGGGUGGCGUUGAAAGAGACUCAUUUGUUUCUUGGUGAAAAGUAGCGACGAUAUCAGACACCAUUAGAACUCGAUAUUUUUAUAUAUAUUUAUAUUUUUUCCCCGACUUGGUGGUUGUACUUGUGCACUGACUCCAAUGACAGCGCGGUUUACUGCUGCCGAGGGGAUUUAAUGGCACCCUCGAGUCGCUAGAGCUUUUUUCUUCUUCCCCCCCGACGAAGGACCCUCGCUCGGAGUGCACUCGGGCGCUGUCCUCACCGGGGGGUAUUUUUUGAGUCAAACCGCCGCCUGGACUAAGAAAAACAAGGCACAGGCUUCUGCCCCCAGCACCACUACUACCACCAGUCACGCUGUCCGAGUCCGAGGAGCCGAAACAUGGCAGGAAAUCUGAAGAAAGGCGGCGGGCUGAUUGGCAUGAUGAAGGACGCGUUUCAGCCUCACCAUCACCUCCACCACUCCCAUCACCAGCCCGGGGCCGUGGACAAAAAGACCGUGGAGAAAUGCUGGAAACUCAUGGACAAGGUGGUGCGAUUGUGCCAGAACUCGAAGCUGGCCCUCAAGAACAGUCCUCCAUACAUCUUGGACCUGCUCCCUGACACCUACCAGCACCUUCGCACCAUCCUGUCCCGCUACGAGGGCAAGAUGGAGACGCUGGGCGACAACGAGUACUUCCGCGUCUUCAUGGAGAACCUGACGAAGAAGACGAAGCAGACGAUCAGUUUGUUCAAGGAGGGCAAGGAGCGCAUGUACGAGGAGAACUCGCAGCCAAGGCGAAACCUGACCAAACUCUCGCUGAUCUUCAGUCACAUGCUGGCUGAGCUGAAAGCCAUCUUUCCCAACGGUCUGUUCCAAGGGGACAAUUUCCGGAUCACGAAGGCCGACGCAGCAGAAUUCUGGAGAAGAUCCUUUGGUGACAAGACCAUCGUCCAGUGGAAGGUCUUCCGACAAGCUCUGCAUGAGUUUCACCCAAUCAGCUCCGGCCUGGAGGCCAUGGCCCUCAAGUCCACAAUAGACCUCACCUGCAACGACUACAUCUCUGUGUUCGAGUUCGACAUCUUCACCAGGCUUUUUCAGCCAUGGUCAUCUCUGCUGCGGAACUGGAACAGCCUCGCUGUGACUCACCCAGGAUACAUGGCUUUUCUCACCUACGAUGAGGUCAAAGCUCGCCUGCAGAAGUUCAUCCACAAGCCUGGCAGCUACAUUUUCAGGCUGAGCUGCACACGUCUGGGCCAGUGGGCAAUCGGCUACGUGACCGCAGACGGGAACAUCCUGCAAACCAUUCCACAUAACAAGCCCCUCUUCCAGGCUCUCAUCGACGGCUUCCGGGAAGGAUUUUAUCUGUUCCCCGAUGGCCGUACUCAGAACCCGGACCUCACAGGGCUGUGUGAACCCUCACCGCAAGACCAUAUCAAAGUCACACAGGAGCAAUAUGAGCUCUACUGCGAAAUGGGCUCCACUUUCCAGCUGUGCAAGAUCUGCGCCGAGAACGACAAGGACGUGAAGAUCGAGCCUUGCGGUCAUCUCAUGUGCACUUCUUGCCUCACUGCAUGGCAGGAGUCCGAGGGCCAGGGAUGCCCUUUCUGCCGCUGUGAAAUCAAGGGCACCGAGCCCAUUGUGGUCGACCCGUUCGACCCCAAGGACAACAGUGGAGGUUCCUAUGCGGGCUGCAGGGGCAUGUUCGGAGCAGAGGGCGCACCUUCACCAAGCUAUGAUGAUGACGACGAUGACCGACUGGAAGACCCUCAUCUCAUGAUGAGCAACCUGGCUUGUAGUAAAGUGGAGAGGCCUCCAUCCCCGCUGUCAAUGCCACCUCAAACGUCUUUGCCCCCAGUACCACCACGUCUAGACCUCAUCCCGCACAGACCUCCUAACCCUCCAGGGGCCUCCAGCCCUGGGGCCACAUCUAAGGCUUCCUCACAUCACAAAGACAAGCCGUUGCCUCUGCCUCCAGCUCUGCGAGACCUGCCCCCUCCUCCUCCUCCAGAGCGGCCUCAUUCUGCCGGAGCUGAUAGCAGAAUCCUGAGACGGCCACUGCCCUGCACACCCGGAGACCCUCCUCGUGAUAAACCUCCUCCUACCCCACCCAACCGCAACAUGGCCGACUGGAAUCUACGCCCAGUUCCCAAAGCUCCUUCCCAGAUUGCUGCAGUAGGAGGAGAGACCCGUGGGUCACGAGAGCUCUCUAACCGCCACUCCCUUCCGCUUGCCUUGCCCUCGGCACUCGACGGUCAGCGGAACAGCAACUCUGCCGGUGUCGAGCACCAGCUGUGUUUUGGUGCAACAGCCUCCGGUGGAUCUGAGUACGACAACCCGAAAGUCAAGCCCUCUGCAUCAGCCAAUGCCAUUUAUUCUCUGGCAGCCAGACCUCUUCCUGCAGUGAUGCAGCACUCAGGGGAGGACGGCUGUGAGAAUAACGAGGAUUCAGACUACAUGACUCCCAGCUCUCUGCCUGUGCUGGCCACAAUGACCCCUUCACUAGGGGAGGCAGUACCCAGGCUUCACCACUCCAACAGUCAUAACUCCAGGGGUUUGCUCAGUGAUCUGGACCCUGAUGGCCCACAGAUGUAUGAAGCCAUGUAUAACAUUCAGGCCCAGGCCCUCAGUGCCACUCUGCCUUAUCAAUCCAGUAAUUCAGACUACUCCGAGUUGCCUCCAUCGCUGAGCAGUAACGGGCCGGAGGAGGCGGAGUGUGAGGAGGAGGAGGAGAACGGCUAUGACAUUCCCAAACCGCCUCUGCCCAUCGCUCGACGUACGCUCUCAGAGGCCAGCAGCUCGUCCGCAGCGUUCAGCCGUCUGUCUGUGGACAGCGAGCCGGGAACUUCAGUCUCGUUCGACUCUGCCGAAGCUCCCGAACGGCCUCCGAAACCCCUUCCACGCCGCAUCAACUCGGACCGCAGGCCGAGCCCCGUUCCCCCCGGGCCCGCGUCCGGCAACCCGCAGAUCAGCAGCGAGAUCGAGAUGCUCAUGAGCCAGGGCUACUCCCACCAGGAUAUCCAGAAAGCUCUGAUGAUUGCGCAGAACAACAUCGAGAUGGCCAAGAACAUCCUGCGCGAGUUUGUGUCCGUCCCCUCCACGGCGCACAUCCUCACAUAGCAGCCCUUCCUGAUCCAGAGCGAGUCCUAUCUCUCCCUCUCUUUGCUCCAGGGCCAUCCUCCCGUGAGCGUACGUCGUUCACGAGUGAGGCGCAGGCCUUAUCCGGCUCCUGCAUGCUGUUAGCCAGCAGGAGCUCCGUUCUUGAAGUCAGCCUCAUGGCAUUGCACAUCCAUUGACGCUUUUAGUCAAACUCAAGCAAGGACAAAAAAAAAUUGUGUGUUUUAUAUAAUAAUUUAAUUUAUGAGUCCAUAUAGUUAAUAUAUACACAUUUAAGGAUGGAGAGGUUUGGGGCAGGUCCGGAGUGUGUGUAUGCGUGUGUGUGUGUGUGUCAUGGCAGGGGAAAGGGGAGGGGCUCAUCAGCACUGCUGUUCCAUCACGUGUGGAAAACUGCAACUGAACGUUGGCUGGUGUUGAAAAAUUGCCUUUCGUGGUGUUCUGGUACUUUCUUGUGUGUGUGAUUGUGUGUCUGUCGUUUUCUAAAGUGGCAGGGCAUGAGUGAGUGUCAGUCCCCGUAAUACGACCUGUUACUGAUCCGAUCCAGCAUCACGUCCCGGUGGUGUUUAGUCAUUUGCAGAUUUUCCUCCGUGAGAGCGUGUGUGAGUGAGAGAGAGUGAGAGAGAGAGAGAGUGUGUGUGAGUGUGUGUGUAGUACAGUUGUGUGAUGUCACUGGAUGCUGCCAGUUGAAAUUGGCUUUAACCCUCAUCAGUCACUUGCAUUGCCUCUGCUGCUGUGUAGCAUUACUGUAACUGAUCUAUGUUUAUAACGCAGAAGUGUGUAUGGCAGCCUCUCGCGUGCGUCCCGUUACGUCCGACACGGUGACCGCUUAGAAAUCCCAGCUCCAGACGAAAAUCUGAUAUACCUUUCUCCAAAUCCUCAUGCAGGCGAGAGCUCGUAUUUAUGUUUGUAACUUUCGUCGUGUGUGUGUGUGCGCGCGCGUCAUUUACUCUCAUGGUGAACGACAGGCUUUUUUCUUUUUCUUUCUUUUUUUUUUUUUAAAUAAGUGUCCUUUUUCUCGAGUGUUCUCUAACAGGUUAGUGCAGAUCUGGACAGGAAGUGAUGCGCUUGGUGUGAAGGAAGUGUUUGCUUGUACAGUUUCUGUGACUGAAAUCAAUCUGAUUUCUGUGAGAUUUUGUCUGAAACUGUUCAUCUAAGUGAAAUUAUUAUUAUUAUUAUUAUUAUUAUUAUAUUACUUUUUUAUUAUUAUUAUUAUUAAUUCAGAAGUGCUUUACUGCUGCUACUCUUGUUAGUGCUAAACAAUUAAGCCUUAAAUGUAUAUUUGUGAAUAUUGUGUUUAACCAGUUUUAAAGUGACAGUAUCAGUUGGGGUUGAAUUUGAUGAUGUAGCAUUUACUUGAAAUUUGCGAGCAGCUCGCGUGGCUCUGGGCCCAGGCUGGCUUCCGUCGGUUUUUUGUUUUGUUUUUGUUUAUUUUGAUGACGUCUUUGUGGCGUGUUUUUCGUGUUCAGGGUGUUCCCGAGAUGUCAGACCCCCCCCUCGGCGUCCUCACGUGGAGCAUGUACACGCCGAGUCAACGUAUGUGAACAAACACUUCGUUGUUUCCUUGCCGUUUUUGAGGUUUUGUUCACCGACCUGGAGCGAGUUCAUGUUUCAGUCUCCCUCUUUUCUUUUCUUUAUUUUUUUUUUCCUCAGGAAUACUGUACAUCCACACACAGAGACUCUUAUCAGUAUUGACCGGGAAAAUGAAACGUAACCGUGUUCUCUUAUUCAGGGCAGAAGCACCGAACGACUACUUUGGACUAAUUUGACACAUUUCUUAGCGGCGCCGGGUUUCCUCAGAUCUCCUCGGAAAUUGGAGGCACGUGGAUGUGUGUGUGUGUUAUACACAGUUGCUAGCUUAUGAAGCCCUGGAGGAAAUUUAAUGUUCACCUGUACACACUCGUUCAUUCUGCUCCCGUCUUUGUCCCCCCACCUCCCGAGAUAUUGCACUGGCAUAGCAGGUACUUCCGCAAUAUAUGAAGCUUGUAGGUACAAACAUCGUUCCCCAGAAAGAACAUGAUUUUUGCAGGAUUUCUUUCGGACAUGGCAACCAGGUGAUCCAGAAGUUCAGUAUUUGUUUGGUUUGCACCAUGUGAAGAAGCUUUGUUUUCAGAUCAGAGCUAUUUUUUUAUUUUUAUUCUAAUUACUGUAUUUCUUGUCAAUAUUGUUUGUGUGUGUGUGUGUGUGUGUUGCAAGAUUUCACACCAAUCUGUGCUCCGAUACUGUCACUUUAAAAAAUCGAGCGUAUAAAGUUACUUAUGUUGUGUAUAGACUACAUGGAAAACGGCUAUAUGUCUGGUUUCAUUUUGCAUUCCUGUACAUGUCAGAAUUUUUAUUUUAUUUUAUUUUCUCCAUUUUUUUUUUUUUUUUUUUUUUUACUGAUGUGAAUAAUACUGUGAGCAGUGCCAUAUGUCUAGAAGAUGUCUGAAAUGUUGUUCUGCUGCCCAGAAUAAGGCCUUGUGAACGAGUGAACGUGUCCUGGUGUCAGUGAUCUGAUGUUUUUGUUUUUUUGGGGGGGUUUUUUCCACACAGAUCCUUGUUGCUUAAACGCUUAAGGAGGGGGAGGGAGGGGCUUUUGCGGUGACGUCAUGCCUGGCGAGUAUCUGUAGACUGGACAGUCUAAUUUAGACCACGCGAGGGCGCGAUUUCCUCAUUUUUACACACGUUUCAAGAUAUAUAUAUAUAUAUUUUUUUUCUUUUUCUUUGAAGUUUCUUUUUAUCCCCGUCUUCUCGUAUCACUUUAGACGUAUGCACAGGUCUAUACUGUUUAAUAAAGCGAAUAGAAACACAGCUACUGUCCUCAGUCUCUAAUUUUCGGGUACUGGUCAGGUACAGAGGCUGGUACAGACGUCCACUCUCUGUACUGUCAGAAUAACCUUUGCAUCCUAACAAAGCCUUCAGGUGAACUGUUUUUCGUUUCAGUGUUAAAAUUGCACGUGGGCAUGUGGAUAUUUAAGAUCCGUCGGUUGCUCGUGAGCGUCCCUCGCCACCCUCAGUAGUCACCUUAAUGAGAGAGCGUGAGCGCAAAGCUGGUCCUGUCCAUCCGGCUCUAAAUGCUGACCCUUAAUCCUUGAUCCAAACUGCCGUCUCCUUCAGUGCCAUGAUCCUCAACGUCUUCGAGUGCGUGAGCUUCGGAAACGUCUAUCUCUUUAGGGUUAAACACUCCUUUCGAUUAGCUUCAUGCUCUCUAAACCUCUCGGUUGCACAAGUUUUUGUUGUUGUUGUUGUUGGAUUUUCUUCAGGUCAAAGCCAAAUAAGUUUGGAUAUAUUGUAUGAAAUACAGACGUGGUUGUUAUGUACGAUUACGUACUUAAAUACACGCAGUGUUGGCCAACAGAGCCGCAGGUUUAGAGACGAUAAUGUUCCGUAGUUAGUUCGAACUAAACUUGGUUGAAACUCGCGAGCAGGAGGUGCACGAGACCUCGCUGUGAAAACUGGAAUGCAUUUUAGUGCGAAUGCUUAUAGGACACGUUCCCUCUCCUGACCGCUGGUGUGUUUCCUUUGGUCAAGAAAGAAAGAAAGACUAAUGAAUAUUUAUUAAUGUUGAUGUACUCCAACCCAGAGAUCCCUCCUUCAUAAUAAAACCGUCACAGAUUUUGAAUUUCUAUGUGAUUAAAGCCAUUUUGAAAGAA